AUUCACACUAAACGGCCAUUGUUCGCACGUGAGAGGGCGACUUGCUACACGAGAGCCCCUGUCAGUGUUUGACAAACACUUUAUCUGGGAAACAUUUACGGACUCCGACACUUCUUCUCCCACUGCUGCUCGGGCACUCUCCGCAGAUUGUCAGUUUAGAAAGAUAAUUCUAUCCGUCCAGAAAGAAGAUAAUUUGUUCACCACACUCUCCGCAGAUUGUCAGUUUAGAAAGAUAAUUCCACCUGUCUAGAAGAAAAUAAUUUCGUUAUCACACUUUCCGCAGACAUUUUAGAAACAUUAAUUGUCCAGACUGUGAUGCAUAUCUGAUAGCAGCGUGCACACGAUGGCGGAAGAACGCGAGGAGUACUUUAACGGCGGCAGCGUCAGCGACAGUGAACACAUCUCCGUGGAUUGCGACUCUAGCUCCGGGUCGGAGGAUCCCAAUACAUCGUCCUCCACCCCCAGGCCGAGGUAUAACUCCAAAGCGAGGAGAAAAAGCUCCCAGGCCGAGAAGUGUCUCUCUGAAGGCGAGAUGCAGGAUCUACGCUUGAAGAUAAACGGCAGGGAGAGGCGGAGGAUGCACGACUUGAACUCGGCACUGGACGGACUCCGGGACGUGAUGCCGUACGCACACGGGCCGUCCGUGAGGAAACUCUCGAAGAUAGCCACUCUGCUGCUGGCGAGGAACUACAUCCUCAUGCUCAACAGUUCUCUCGAGGAGAUGAAGAAACUCAUCACAGACGUCUACAGCUCACAUCGCGGGGCACGUGCUGGGGCGCUAAGCCCUCACGCGCACCACGCACCCCUACCGCACGCGCAGCUCUCCAUGUUAGCUAUGUUACCAACCAUGUCUCAGCCAAUUCCAGGACUUACUGCUCAUGACUUCUGCCGGGAUUCCGUCCCCACGAUCCCGUCGCCCGCCCUGUCGGCAGACAGGGCCGCGAUGUACGGACGCUGGCCCACACCCUGCGCGUGUUCACAGUGUGCCACAGACAUCGUUCGAUCCCCCAUCGCUACGUACGCAGGGAAGUUCACUGGCGCUGCUCCUACGAACUUCAGGAAGUGAACGAGGUCUUGGCGGGUUAUCUCAAGUGCUAUGGUUUAUGGCGUGGUAAACUGGAGGCGGGUUUGUUCUGUAGUUGCUGCUGCUUGUGUUACAUUAACCCAAGGGCUGCUCACCAUGAACAGUAAAACGGUUUUCGACACUGCUCACACAAAUGACGAUUGUCCGAAGUGAUCCUUCCUUUCAUUUAGCAAUGCUUCGAGGAUGACAGACGGCCACAACACGGACGUUAGACCGUGAUGGGCAUUCUCAUAGAUCUCUGAUGUCUGCUACAUCCUCAGCGUGGUGAAUGUUGACGUCAUCGGCGAGGUGAACGUUCUUAGACGAUGAGUGUGACUGAGGAAACUUUACUGAACUCGAGUGCCUUCCAAAAGAACAUGCAGUGUGGAUAACGUUAGCUACGUGAAAACAUAUCCAGAUAUAGAAACCUAUUUUUAUAUAUUUAUUUUUCAUCGCUUUUACCUCACUUUACGUGCCUUAUUCAACAUUUUAAAAAUAAAGAAUAAGUAAUUUUUUACAACAUCGUUCGUUUACAAUGUGUUCUGUACGAGAAAGGGCUAGUUUCUGAUCUAUACACGUAAGUGCGCGUGGUUUGAUAUAUAUUUUUUAUACUGCGCAUUUUUUUGUUUUUUAAAACUUAAUUUUAUGGUUACUA